AUGCGGCUUAGACUAGCGAAGGCGGCAGACCGGCCACAAUAUUACGAGGCCCAUGGCACCGGUACACUAGCUGGCGAUCCUAUAGAGGCUGAAGCUAUCCAGGCUGUAAUUUUCCGUCAGGGCUUCGACCAUGCUGAAGAUAAGACGCUCCUAGUUGGCUCGAUCAAUACAGUGAUUGGCCACCUCAAAAGGAUCGCAGUCCUAGCGGGUAUGCUCAAGGCUUCGCUGGCUAUACAGCAUAGUCUUGUGCCACCAAACUUGCACUUCGUUCAGCUUGGCCCAAAGAUCAAGCCGUUGCACGGCCACAUGCGCGUGCCAAAAGCGGAAACCUCAUGA